AUGUCAAUGUUGAGAUCAGUUUGUCAGCUAAGAGUGGGAGUGUCAACUCCAAAACCUUCCCUCCGUCCCUCAAUCUUCUUAUCAUCCCUUUCCCACCACAUUCCCACUCACUCACACACCUCUUUUUCCAGAACCUUCCGUUUCCACCCACCUUCACUUCCUCUUUCACCCUUUCUAUCCCUCAUGCCUCCCAAAGCAGCAGCUUCCUAUGGCACUGGGAGUAGUGAGGCUGAAGGUGGUAGACCGAGGGAACUGUUGGUGCAGCAUUUGUUGGUCAAAGAGGAUGACCAGAAGCUUCUGUUGGAUCUUCAGCAAAGAAUCUCUUCAGGUGAAGAUUUGAGUGAUCUUGCGGUGGAACAUUCAAUUUGCCCAUCCAAAGAAGAAGGCGGAAUGCUUGGAUGGGUCAGGAAGGGACAAAUGGUCCCUGAAUUUGAGGAGGCUGCCUUCAGUGCACCUUUAAACAAAGUUGUAAGGUGCAAAACCAAAUUUGGAUGGCACCUGCUGCAGGUAUUAUCUGAAAGGGAAGAAUCAAUUCUUCAAGACAUUCAACCUAAUGUACUGCAUGGGAAAAUUCAAGAUCCUAGUUUUUUGGAGGAGGCACAGUUAAUUGACGUUCGAGAGCCUGAAGAAGUGGCCAAAGCAUCUUUGCCAGGAUUUACUGUUCUUCCCCUCCGACAAUUUGGAGACUGGGGGCCUGAAAUAACUACCAAAUUUGACCCUCAAAAGGAUACAUAUGUUAUGUGUCAUCAUGGCAUGCGGUCAUUACAGGUUGCCAAGUGGUUGCAGUCACAGGGUUUUAGGAAAGUAUACAAUCUCUCUGGGGGAAUCCAUGCCUAUGCUGUUCAGGUUGACCCAUCAGUCCCCACAUAUUGA